ACCUCUUCUGGUGAAGCCAAAUGAUGCAGCAGCAAUGGUUUAAAAAGAGAAAACUUUAGUCAGCAGAUAAUUAGUCUUUUUAAAUAAGUGCAAGAAGAAAAAAGAAAACCUUCCAUCAGACUUGUGUUUGUAGAAGUUGUCAGCAAUCCUGCUUUGAUUGGAGAGGGUGUGCAGCUCUUUGAAUAGUUAAAACAUCUGUUCAGCGACGUUGUGAAAUGCUCGUGUUCGGAACCCCUGAUAAGGGGGACUGCUGAGCGCUUGGCUCAUAGAGGCUCUACAGGCAGCAAGGGCUGUGCACAAACUGUGGCCACCGCUUGCCUUUCCUCCUCCUGGGCAGAGCAAAACAUAGGAGACAGCUACUAUCUUACAUGUGAUUUUGCUUUGAGAGGGAGAGAGCAGGAAGUGCCUAGGAAAUGGUUCAUGACAGAAACCUGGAGUUUUAAAUAGGAGAGAGGAGGAGGAGGAGAGCUCAUGGGCACAGUUUGUGAACAGUUGAAACACUGACGCAACAGCAGCAGGGGAAAACCAGACUUCUGCGAGAGCAAGUAGGUCCCAAGCGAUCCCGAUGGAAGGAGAGAACGUCCCCGAGGCCAGGGGAGCAGCCAGCAAAGCCACUCGGAUCGCCCUCGGUGUCUUUGUGAGUGGCACUGUUGUGCUUGGCACCGCUCUUUUCUUGGUUAGCCAAGGUCUUAUAAAGUUUCAUCCGAAGCAACAGUACUGUUUGACUGCAGAAUGCAUUGAAGCUGCUGCUGGCAUCUUGAGCAAGAUAAAUCAAUCUGUAGAUCCAUGUGAGAACUUCUAUCGAUUUGCAUGUGAUGGCUGGAUAUAUAAUAACCCUAUUCCUGAAGAUAUGUCCAAUUAUGGUGUUUAUCCCUGGCUGCGACACAAUGUGGACCUCAAACUAAAGGCACUGCUAGAGAAACCCAUCAGCAAAAGACGAGACAGUGAAGCUGUACAGAAGGCUAAGAUCCUUUAUGCAUCCUGCAUGAAUGAGAAUAAAAUUGAAAAAGCCGAUGUGAAACCACUGUUAAGUAUACUGAAACAUUCACCUUUCCGCUGGCCUGUGCUGGAAUCCAAUAUUGGACCUGAAGGACUGUGGUCAGAAAGGAGGUUCAGCUUAGUCCAAGCCUUGGCAACUCUUCGUGGCCAAUACAGCAGCUCUGUCUUCAUCCGUUUGUACGUGGCUGCUGAUGACAAAAUCUCCAAUCGCUACAUCCUGAAGCUUGAUCAAGCAAGCCUCUCUCUGGCAUCUCGAGAGGAUUACCUAGAAAAUACCACAGAAGCCAAAUCUUACCGAGAUGCCUUUUUGCAGUUCAUGGUUGAUACAGCAGUGCUUCUGGGUGCAAACGCCUCCCGAGCCGAAUCUGAUAUGAAAUCAGUUCUAAAAUUGGAAGUUAAAAUAGCAGAGAUCAUGAUUCCAUAUGAAAAUCGAACAAGUGAGGUGAUGUACAAUAAAAUGAACAUAUCGGAGCUUAGUGCCAUGAUUCCACAGUUUGACUGGCUGGGAUACAUCAAGAAGGUGAUUGACAGCAAACUCUAUCCUGAGCUUAAAGAUAUAGGUCCUUCAGAAAAUGUGAUUGUCCGUGUUCCCCAGUACUUCAAAGAUUUAUUCAGGAUACUAGAAAAUGAAAGGAAAAAGACUCUUGCCAAUUACCUGGUAUGGAGGAUGGUUUAUUCAAGGUUAUUUAACCUCAGUAGACGUUUUCAGUAUCGGUGGCUGGAGUUUUCUCGGGUGAUCCAUGGGACUACAACUUUGCUGCCUCAGUGGGAUAAAUGUGUGGACCUUGUAGAAAAUGCCCUCCCCUAUGUUGUGGGUCAGAUGUUUGUGAAAGCCCAUUUUCAAGAAGACAACAAAAAGAUGAUGGAGGAAUUGACUGAAGGAAUUCGCUGGGCUUUUAUUGACAUGUUAGAAAAGGAAAAUGACUGGAUGGACUCUGAAACAAAAAGAAAAGCUCAUGAGAAGGCAAAAGCAGUUAUGGCGAAAGUUGGUUACCCUCAGUUUAUAAUGAAUGACACAUAUAUUAAUGAAGACAUCAAAACACUGAAGUUUACAGAAAGUGAUUAUUUUGGCAAUGUAUUGCAAAGUCGCAAAUACGCAGCACAAUCUGAUUUCUACUGGCUUAGAAAAGAAGUUCCAAAAACAGAGUGGUUUACAAGCCCAACUACUGUAAAUGCUUUUUAUAGUGCAUCUACCAACCAGAUCAGAUUUCCAGCAGGAGAACUUCAAAAGCCUUUCUUUUGGGGAACAGAGUAUCCUAGGUCCUUAAGUUAUGGCGCCAUAGGAGUGAUUGUUGGCCAUGAGUUUACUCAUGGAUUCGAUAGCAAUGGUCGGAAAUACGACAAAAAUGGAAAUCUAAACCCUUGGUGGACGACUGACUCUGAAGAAAAAUUUAAAGAGAAGACAAAAUGCAUGAUUGACCAAUACAACAGUUACUACUGGAAACAGGCUGGCUCACAUGUGAAAGGGAAGAGAACUUUGGCAGAAAACAUUGCAGAUAAUGGAGGUUUGCGAGAAGCUUUCAGGGCAUACAGGAAAUGGAUUGCAGAAAAGAGGGGAGGAGAAGAAGAGCCUUUACUGCCAGGCCUUGAGUUCACACAUAACCAGCUUUUCUUUCUGAGUUAUGCCCAUGUAAGAUGCAACUCCUUUAGACCGGAAUCUGCGAGGGAGCAAAUAUAUACUGGAGCUCACAGUCCUCCUCAGUUCAGAGUAAUUGGAGCCAUGAGCAACUUUGAAGAGUUCCGCAAAGCUUUCAAUUGUGCAGCGAACACGACGAUGAACCGCGGGGCAGAGUCCUGCCGGCUCUGGUAGCUGUCCAGCUCUCCUGCCAGGAGGAGGCUGCAAUGUGAACUGCUCAAGCCCAUUGCCAGAGUUUCAGAAUGAUGGUCUGAAAUCUGGAGAGGUGUUACUUCAAAUGGAUCUUCCUCAUCCUGAUGCUCCUCAUGCUGAUGAUCCGCAUGGAUCUGAUCAUUCCCUAUUUAGAGCCUAGAAACAUUCCAAAUAGAAGAGCUUUUCUUUAAGUAUAACAAUAAAAAGUAACUCCUUUUAACCAUAAAACUACUCCGGCUCAUCUGCAGUUGCACUGCUGUUGAUGGAUAACUGCCAUUAUCAAUUCUAAUUCCUGAUUUAUAGCUGAGCAGGACGUAAAUGCUAAAAUCCAGUUUUAAUCUAUUGCUCUGCAGGGGUUCUAUGCAGAAUGCUCCCACACAAAAUUUAUUCUUUCUGGAUGAAGAAAUUCAUGAGACCUGCUAUAAAGCUAUCUCUGAUCUGCUGCGUGAUACUGCAUUUUCAUAACUUAAGCUGUCACAGCCCAGCAUGCCAUAAAUGAUGUUGCAUGAUGUAAAGACACAAGACUUUGUAUAAGUUCAGUUUAAUAUGUCAGAUUGGUGCCUCUGGAUUUGGAAGAGUUUCAAACUGAGAAAGUAUCUCAUGGUAUCCAUCUGUAGGACUAAAAUAUAAAGGAUACUUGUCAGAUCCUGGCCUCUUCUAAUUUUAGAACAGCUUAUGAUAAAAAUCAAUGUAUAGUGUAAAUCAGAGGCUCUCAGAGGGGAUUCCCAGCACCACAAUACUCAUAAA